AUGUCCAACAAUAUGAUCUCUCUUUUGCUGAUCAUGUGUGUCAACGCUAUUGAGGUGACCUCAGAAAAGCAGUGGUUCCGUCAGAAGAGAGCCUGGAUCAUAGAUUCCUUUAGUAUAGAGGAAGAGCACCCAGGGCCUUUUCCUUAUGAGCUAGGACAACUUAGUUUGGAGAAGAAGUUCAUGCUUAAUUUCGUAGUCCACGGUCAAGGUGUGGAUGAGGAUCCAAAAGGCAUUCUUGAAAUUGACAAUGAGGGAGUCAUUACGGUCCACAAAAAAGUUGACUACGAGAAAUACAAGGUUCUUCGGGUCAGAUUUGAAGCAAAAUACAUCUCUACUGGUGAAACACAGACAAAUCUUGCAAUAGAUAUAAGUAUAAAAGACAUCAACGAUCAUGCUCCGCAAUUCUCAUCAGAAAAAUAUGAAGUCAGUGUGCAAGAAUCAACUCAACAAGGAGAACAUCUAGUAACCUUGAGCGCAGCGGACGGUGAUGAUUCAAGAACCAACAAUGGCACUUUUUCUUUUACAAUCGUCUCAGUUACUCCCAACAAUGACAACGUAAAGUUCUUCAUCAAAAAACAAGACAGUCAAAUUGCAGAAAUCUCUUUCAAGGGCUGUUUGGAUUAUGAGACAGCUCAGAAAUAUACCAUCCUGGUUGAAGCAAAGGAUCAUGGAGAGAAAGUGCAAUUAUCCAGCACAACUACAGUGAUAAUCAACAUUAUUGACAGAAACAACCAUCUACCUGUGUUUUCUGGUCUAACAGGUACUGGAAAUGUGAAGGAGAGAGAGACAGAUAUACCUGUUUAUCGGCUGCAAGUUACUGACAGAGAUACUGAAAAAACAGCAGCCUGGAAAGCCAAAUAUAUCAUUAAUGGGGACCCAUGGAAAUAUUUCAAGAUUGAAACUGACCCUGCUUCUAAUGAAGGAGUCAUAACUGUCGUCAAGCCCUUGGACUUUGAGGAGCACGCACAUAGGAACUUGUUGGUCACUGUGGAGAAUGAAGAGGCCUUCUUUUCCUGUGAAGUAAAAGGACGUCCAUCUAAAGGUCUUUGGGAUGUAGUGUACUCCAGGACUUUAAAUAUGACACAGCAUUUGGGUUUCCCACUAAACAUUACUGUAGAGGAUGUCAAUGACCCUCCUGUAUUUACAGAGGCUGUCAAACAUGUAACUGUCUUUGAGAAUGUGGUACCAGGAAAACAGCUGGAGACUUUCACUGCUCAAGACCUGGACAGGAGACAUAGUAACACUUUUGAGUUCUUUAAAGGAAAUGAUCCAGCAAACUGGGUAACUGUGGAUUCAAAAACUGGUCAAGUUUCAACAGCAAAAGUUAUUGACAGAGAGUCGUCCUUUGUGAAAGACAGCACAUACACAGUUACCUUGCUUGCAGUUGAUAAUGGUGAGCCACCAAUGACAGGCACAGGAACCCUGAUUAUUCACAUUAAAGACCAGAAUGAUAAUGUGCCAGUUCUCUCUGAAAAUAAACUGAACUUGUGUCUGUCUGAUGAACCCACAAGAACCAAACUCAGUGCUGUAGACCCAGACCUUCCACCCUACAGUGGGCCAUUCCUCUUCGAACUCAUAGGGGAUGUGGAGGGGAAAUGGAGCCUGGAUCCAUUUAAUGGGACUGUGAGCCUUGUCAAAGGCAACUCUGUACAUGCAGGAAACUAUACACUAACCCUGAAGAUUUCUGACCUACAAGAGAAAUAUUCGUUGCAGCUCUUGUCUGUGGUGGUUUGUGAUUGUUCAGUCACGUCUGACUGUAGGCAUAGAAAAACAUCUACUUGGCUUGGUGGUGGAGGUGUUGGGAUAAAACUCAAUGCUUUUCUGGAUCUAGAGGAGAAACCAGGUCAUUAUGAGCCCUCCAUAUAUGCCUACGAGGGUGACUAUGAUGGUAACACCAACCUGGAUGCCAUCUCUAUACCAGACAGUGGCUUCACACUGGAAGAACUAAACAACCUUGAUCCCAAGUUCAAACAACUGGCAUCCAUUUGUCAACCGGACCUCGUGAAGAUGUAG